AUGUCCGACUUCGAAUGGGCCCAGUCUGUGCUGGAUGCUGAUGAGCGUCCUAGCUUGAGCAAUAUUGCAAAAGCACUUCAAAUCCUCGCCGAUUCUAGUGCUGACCCUGUCUUGAGAUCACGAAUGCAAAAUGUCUCGUUCCAGCAGUUGCUUUCGUUGUUUUCUGGCCUUGCUGUGAGUAGCGAGCAAGAAUCGUCCGAUCCGACGUUAUGGAGAAAUCUGCUUCGCUGCAUCGGCAACAUGAUCGCCGACAAUGGUAAGAGGAGGACUCAAAUGUAUGAAUUCAAGGAUGCUGAUUGUUUUAUUCUUUGCACGAAGNACUCUCGUAGAUCUGAAUUAGUUGCGGAUCCAACAUAUUUGAAGACUUUGAACUCGUUCUUGAUAUCCACCUCGACUUCUCCUGAGGCCAUAGCAUUGGCAGACACCACCACCAAAGUCAUCUUCAACUUAUGCACUGACUACAGUAAGUUCGACGAUCAAAAGGCAGUCGAGCACAAGCAGAAACUGAAGCCCUCGGCUGAGUACCCUGACUUUGAGGUCACUGCACCUCGAUUGCUGAGACUGCCUCUUACGGAAGUUGAUGCAACCGCUUUUCUAGAUGCGUUGACACUAGUAUCUGCUCAUCUUCUGGACAAGAAUUUCGUUCAGGCUCUUGUGGAACACAAACAAAUCGAACAUGUCUGGAAACUGCUCAAGCGUACCGAACACAGGAUGCUGAACGACCGCGAAGCAGAGGAUGAGGAAGAUUAUGACGAAAAGCAGUAUCUGCAGUUCCAGCUCGUACUAUCACAAGGGUUGGCCGAUAUGACUGCCUUGCCGCUCUACAACGAAAAGUAUAACACAAAUGGCGCUUUCAUACAAUCUCUAUACUUGCAAACGAUUCCCACGACAGCAGAUCCUACAUCACGAUCACCUAUCGCGCCGGCAGCCUGUCUGAUUCUAGGAAACCUUAUCAUAUCCGAUGAAGCGGCUAUCUCAAUAGCACCUCACGUACCGAUAAAGGACAUCUUUGCUGAACUAGGUCGAUCCAACGAUUCUGCCUUCCUCAAUGCGGCUUCUGGACUACUACGCCAUCUAGCAACACCGAUGCAUAAUCGCGAGCGCUACUUUGCAGACGCCGAGUAUCUGAGAUCAACCAGACAUCUCUAUACAGACAUCACACUAGAACAAGUUCAGAUGGAUGGUCUUGCACUUACGCGUCAAAUUCUUGCAAACAUGAAAUCGAGAUUGGUAGCAAUCCUGUCUGACACGAACAACGACUUCCUGAGUACAUUACUCACCACCCACCAAAGCACCACUUCCACCUCAGUCAAAUUGGAGAUGUCAAGGCUUGCUGUCAGCUUCUUCCGCACCCUACAGGCAUCUUCGGCCACAGUGUCAGAGAUAGAGAGCGGAGAAGAAGAAGCCACAAAGGCACUAUUCGACACACCAGUAAACACAUCCUCGAUUCUCGAUCCACUCAUCUUCAGUAUCAAGCAUGCAGCUGAACCGGGUAUCAUCGCCAUCCAAGCCGAAGCAUGGCUCGGUUUAAACCUCGCAGCUCGCCUUCCUGAUGGAGCAAGCAAAGUCGGCAAUGCUUUCUCUGAGGAUGAGGCCUUGUUUACACUGUUCAAUUCUAGAUUGGGCGGACAAACAUCGCAAGGAGCAGAGGAUGAAAAGGCCAAAGACUCACGUCCAGAGUGGUUGAAGGAAAAGGAAAGGGACAAUGCUGUUCUCUUGGCUGCUGAGUUGAUCAAGGCUAAGGAUGUGGAUGCAAGCAUCAAGGAGAAGUUCAGCACAGCAUUGCGUGACAGAGGGAUUCGCAUAGGAUAG